AUGGGAGAUGAUGGACCGCGAGCUCUUAGUGAAGGAUUACAAAAUAACACGGCGCUCACUUUAUUAUACCUUAAUCAGAACCAAAUCGGAGAUGCUGGAGCACGCGCUCUUAGUGAAGCACUACGAAAUAACACGGCACUCACUUCAUUAUGGCUUGGUUACAAUCAUAUCGGAGAUGCUGGAGUACAAGCUCUUAGUGAAGCAUUACAAAUUAACAAAGUAAUUAUUCUCGUAUUGUCAUCCCUCUAAUAUUGAUCUUCUCCGCUCACAGAUACUCACCGAGUUAAAUCUUGAUGAUAAUCGAAUCGGACCGGCAGGGGCGCAAGCUCUGAGUGAAGCAUUGCAAAUUAACAAAGUAAUUAUCCUCGUAUUCUCAUCACUCUAGUAUUGAUUUUCUCCACUCACAGACACUCAACGAGUUACGUCUUGAUGACAAUCGAAUCGGACCUGCAGGGGCGCAAGCUCUGAGUAAAGCAUUACAAAAUAACACUGUAACUAACAUUGUAUUCUCAUCACUCUAGUAUUGAUCUUCCACUCCAUACAUAGACACUAACAAAGUUGUACAUCGAAAACAAUCGGAUAGGAGAUGCUGGGGCGAUAGCUUUGAGUGAAGCUAUACGAGAGAGCACUGUAAUUAAUAUACUAUUUUCAGCAUUCUGCUCUUGAUCUUCUUGUUAACUUAUAGACACUCUACCAGUUGAACAUUGAUAAGAAUGGAAUUGGACACAGUGGGAUGCAAGCUCUUCGUUACGCAAUACAUAAUAUGCAGGUAAUUUUCAUAAUACUUUCAUCACCAUCAUAGCUAUGUUCCUCGCUGGUAGAAGUCGAGAUGGUGCAGCGACUAUAAUGGAUCCUUGCAGUUCUUUUAUUAUCAUUCAUCAAGUGUAAAAGAGCCGGAAGAAUAACGUGGAUGUGUGUGUACAUCAAAUUUAAAACGGAUUCAGUUCCCUCUUAACGAAUACGACAAACUCAAUCUACUAGUGCUAAACUUCUGCUUUUCAUCAAAAGAUAUUUCUCGAGUCCACAUUCCGAUUCGAAGUUGUGGAUACCUUGUGCUAGAACCCAAUUCUUUUUCAAAUCGAAAAUCAAAAGAGUGUGUGGUUGUGGGGUGCGGGUGUGGUUGUAACA